AUGGUAACGAAAUUCGAUCCAAAGCUUUACCCGCGUCGAGUCCGAUAUGCAGCCCUCCUGACGGUCAAUGUCUUUGUCUUUAUGGGGAAUAUGUACUCGUCUGGCAUAGCUACAGGGUUCGAGUCACUGGCCAUGGAUCUACACGUCAGCUAUCAGAAGCUUGCCGAUCUCAUAUCAUGGUCCGUCCUCAGCAUGGGCCUUGCCAACCUCUUCUGGAUGCCACUGGCUUUGACCUUUGGCAAGCGGCCCAUAGUGCUUAUCUCCAUGGCAAUGUUUGUGGCGGGGAUCAUCUGGACGGUGGUAGCGCAGGAUUACAACAGUUUGAUGGGUGCUAGAGUGUUCGCCAGUUUUGGAUAUGGCUCGAUCGAAUCAUUGGGUCCCAGUAUUCUUGCCGACUUGUUUCACGAGCGCAACUACUCGAGUGCGAUGGCGAUGUACGCUCUUUUCCUCUCCGCAGGCUCCCAGGUCGGUCCUGUGAUUGCCGGAUACCUUGUUGCGGCCCGCGGCUGGCGCUGGUUCUUCAUCGUGUGUCUGAUCGUGGCGGCCGUCAACAUGGUCACGACCUUCUUCUUCCUUCCAGAAACGAUGUACGAGCCCGAUCCCGAGGAUGAGCAAGAGGAUGAGUUCGAAGAGAAAAACGACACCGUUCACAGCCACAUCGAGAGUCUACCGAGGCUCACACCCCAAUCCCGCGCUCAACAAUUCUCCUACGGCGACUAUUGGAAAGGCCUCUUCCAGGUCGGCCUGUCGACGGAAGCCAAGACGAAAGGGGUGUUCAAGUUCCUGGGGUAUGCAGCCUGGCUGCCGAUACCGAUGUUGCUACUUCCAGGAGUAUUGCUGGCUUCGAUGAUGUAUGGGGUCGUGUUAGGCGCCGUGGUCUCCAUCUCGACCCUCGCCUCCUCCAUCUUCAGCGCCCCGCCCUACCUUUUCUCCUCCGGCGCCCUCGGCCUCUGGACCCUGGGCAGUUUCAUCGGCAUCAUUGUCGUCGCGCCCGUCGCCGGGCCGCUGACCGAUGCGCUGUCUCAGUUCCUCCGCCGCCGCAACAACAACGUCCACAAGCCCGAGCACCGUAUCCCCGCCCUGAUCGUCCCCUUCUGCAUUGCCCCUGUCGGCUUGGUCGUCUUCGGCUACACCACCGCCCACCAGAUGCACUACGCCCUCCCCGCCCUCGGCUCCGCCAUGUGCGCCGCCGGCCUCACCCUCGUCCCUUCGGUGAUGCUCUCCUACGUCGUCGACUCAUACCCGCACGCCAGCGGCGAGGCUCUCGUGCUGGUCAACGUGAGCAAGAACGUCGUGGCCUUCGGGCUGAGCAAAGGGUCUGUGGACUGGAUGAUGCAGCAGGGGCUGGCGAAGAUGUUCUACGAGUUCGCGGCCAUUGAGUGGGCGGUGCUGGCGCUGGGGUUACCGUUGUAUUUUGCUGGACCGUGGAUCCGCAAGCGGACAGCCAAGUAUUUUUGA